CAGGACGCUCUGCCUCCUCCGCUCUCCUCGGACUUAGCGCGUCACCGCCAACCACAACAGGCGGCGCGGUGUCCCCGGAGCGGACGGAUCAGAGGACGGUAUCUCUCCCGGUGACGGAGCCCGCACACCGCAGCCAUGCCGCGUAUUAUGAUAAAGGGAGGGGUGUGGAGGAACACGGAGGAUGAAAUCCUCAAGGCGGCGGUUAUGAAAUAUGGCAAAAACCAGUGGUCUCGUAUUGCGUCCCUACUGCACAGGAAGUCCGCCAAGCAGUGUAAAGCCCGAUGGUACGAAUGGCUGGAUCCCAGUAUUAAGAAGACAGAAUGGUCACGUGAGGAGGAAGAGAAGCUGCUGCAUUUGGCCAAGCUGAUGCCCACACAAUGGAGGACGAUCGCCCCGAUUAUUGGCAGGACGGCCGCCCAGUGUCUGGAGCACUAUGAGUUUUUACUAGAUAAAGCAGCGCAGAGGGACAAUGAAGAGGAGGCGGCUGAUGACCCUCGGAAGCUUAAACCGGGAGAAAUCGACCCAAAUCCUGAAACCAAACCCGCCAGGCCGGACCCAGUGGACAUGGACGAAGAUGAGCUGGAGAUGUUAUCUGAGGCCAGAGCUCGUCUUGCUAACACCCAGGGUAAAAAGGCCAAGAGGAAAGCGAGAGAGAAGCAGCUGGAGGAGGCCAGGCGUUUGGCGGCUCUUCAGAAGAGGCGAGAGCUGCGGGCAGCAGGAAUCGAGAUACAGAAGAAAAGGAAAAAGAAGCGUGGCGUAGAUUACAAUGCUGAGAUCCCGUUCGAGAAGAAGCCGGCCCCGGGCUUCUAUGACACCUCCGAGGAGAACUAUGAUGCACUAAACGCAGACUUCAGAAAACUGAGGCAGCAGGACCUGGACGGAGAGCUUAGAUCUGAAAAAGAAGCAAAAGAACGAAAGAAAGACAAACAGAAUAUAAAGAGGAAAAAGGAGUCCGACCUGCCGGCAGCAAUCCUCCAGACCACCGGCGGGGUGUCCGAACUGACCAAGAAGAGGAGCAAGUUGGUUCUACCAUCUCCUCAGAUUUCCGAUGCAGAGUUGGAAGAAGUGGUGAAGAUCGGACAAGCCAGUGAGAUCGCCCGGCAGACGGCAGAGGAAUCCGGAAUCACCAAUUCUGCAUCCAGCACCUUACUAUCUGAAUACAAUGUUGCAAAUAACAGCAUCGCCCUCAGAACGCCAAAAACACCGGCCGCCCAGGACCGCAUUCUGCAGGAGGCACAGAACUUGAUGGCACUUACAAAUGUGGACACCCCCUUGAAGGGUGGGCUCAACACCCCACUGCACGAGAGCGACUUCUCCGGUGUCACACCACAGAGACAAGUAGUUCAGACUCCCAAUACUGUGCUGUCAACACCAUUCAGAACCCCAUCUCAAAGUUCAGAAGGAUUAACCCCGAGAGGUGGCAUGACCCCCAAGCCAGUUAUUGGAGCCACACCAGGAAGGACACCAUUACGGGACAAGCUGAACAUCAAUCCAGAGGAUGGAUCGGUGGAUUACAAUGAUCCUACUUAUAUUAAACAUCUGGAAAGGGAGUCUCAGGAACAGCUACGUCUUGGACUAAUGUCUCUGCCGGCCCCGAAAAAUGACUUUGAGAUCGUCCUGCCAGAAAAUGCUGAGCGAGAGCUGGAGGAACGAGAACAAGAAGACUCCUUCAUAGAAGAUGCCUCAGAUGUGGAGGCGCAGAAACAGGCACUUAGAGAUGCACAACGGGCGAAGGAACUGAAGCAGAGACACAAAGCUGUGCAGAAAGCCUUACCAAGACCCUCUGAAGUAAAUGAGACCGUUCUGAGACCUGCGAAUGUAGAGCCGCCCCUUACUGACCUGCAAAAAAGCGAAGAAAUGAUCAAGAAGGAGAUGACCACAAUGCUGCACCACGACUCCCUGCAUCAUCCGUACGGAGACAAUGCUGGGGGCAAGAAGGCCAAAGCCCCUGGUGCUGUCCCCACAAGCGUAGAACAUGUGGCAUAUCUGGAGCAAAAUUCAUAUGACAAGUUCACAGAAGAUGAACUGCAGCAUGCGGAGGAGCUCCUGCAGCAAGAGAUGGAGGUGGUGAAGCAAGGUAUGGGCCACGGAGACCUGUCCCUGGACGCCUACAACCAGGUGUGGGAGGAAUGUUACAGUCAGGUGCUUUACCUCCCUGGACAAGGCCGAUACACCCGAGCCAACCUGGCCAGCAAGAAGGACCGCAUCGAAUCUCUGGAGAAGAGGCUGGAGGUAAACAGAGGUCACAUGACUGCGGAAGCCAAAAGAGCAGCGAAGAUGGAGAAGAAGCUGAAGAUUCUGUUGGGCGGUUACCAAUCCCGAGCAAUGGGGCUUAUAAAACAGCUCAACGAAAUCUGGGAUCAGUAUGAACAGGCCAACCUGGAGCUGAAGACGUUUGAGGAGCUGAAGAAGCAUGAGGAUAUCGCCAUCCCCAGGAGGAUAGCGUCCCUUAAAGAAGAUGUGCAGCGGCAGGAGGAAAGAGAGCGGGAGCUUCAGCAGCGGUUUGCAGAACUUCUUCUGGAGAAGGAAGGUUCGGUUCCCAAAUACUAAACCCGCGUGAAUGUCUCCCGCCCGCCGCCGGCCACGUGUGUGCAUGUGCUCGUCCUUCCGCCUGAUCAGUACUGCCGCCUGAUCAGUACAGAUCUGCUGCUCGUGUAUCUGCCGUGUCCCGUUGUGAGCCGAGCUUUACACGCCCGUACAAUCUGAAAUCCUCUCUCUACGUAAAAAUGAGACCCUAGUUGGUGUAAUGACUUUCACCGAAAUGAUGAGAACAGUGACUGAUAUAUUUUUAUUUUGUGAUAAUAAAAGCCCCUCAUCAAUCCCAUCCGGCAGUAUAAAGUGGUGCCCUGUCAGCUGGGGUGGUGGGGCGGGGACACCCUUUAUUUUUACUAGCUGUAUAUUUGUUGUGUCUUUUUUUUUUCUUCUGUUUUUUACCAGUUUAAGCGACUCAUUCCAUUGAAUGUAGGCAGCAGCAGCGUUGUAUCAUCAUUUAACCUCGGAGGUGUUCAUUGCCUGCGGAUUAUCGAUGUACAAAUAAAUAUUACUA